UACUCAUAGUUUAACGAUAUGUUGAAGUUUGUAGUAACACUUUUAAGUUUGGCCCUCCUCUCGGAGGCAGCCAUCGUUGUGCCCUUGCACAAGGUCAAGGAGCCCAAAAGCAAGGCCAAUGAAAUGUACAAAUUGAAGAGCAAAUACAGUAAUUUUGUUCAAAUUCAACCCAGAGAUGGUGUUCAAGAAAGCUUGAUGAACUACGUUGAUGACUCUUACUAUGGCAAAAUCACCAUCGGUACUCCAGCUCAAGAAUUCCAAGUUUUGUUCGAUACUGGUUCCUCCAACUUGUGGGUACCUGUAGCUCCCUGUGCCUCCGGUGAUAGCGCCUGUGAAAACCACAACACCUACGAUCCCAGUGCUUCAUCCACCUAUGUUGAAAAUGGUGAACAAUUCUCUAUUGCCUACGGUACUGGCAGUUUGUCUGGCUAUUUGGUUGAAGAUACCGUUACUGUUGAAGGUUUGGCUGUUCAAAAUCAAGUAUUCGCUGCUGCUACCAAUGAACCCGGUACCACUUUCACCUACUCUCCCUUCGAUGGUAUUUUGGGUAUGGGCUACCAACAAAUUGCUCAAAACAAUGUUGUUCCACCUUUCUACAACAUGUACUCUCAAGGAUUGAUUGACAACAACUUGUUCUCCUUCUAUUUGACUCGUGAUGGUACCUCUAAUGAUGGUGGUGUUCUCGUAUUGGGUGGUGUUGAUCCCUCUCACUAUACUGGUGAAAUCACUUAUGUUCCCGUCUCCUCUGAAGGCUACUGGCAAUUCGAAAUGAACUCUGCUGAAAUUAACGGCGUCAACGUCUGUGACAGCUGCCAAGCUAUUGCUGAUACCGGUACCUCUCUCAUUGCUGUUCCCAGCUCUCAAUACGAAAACAUUCAAGCCGCCAUUGGUGCUACCUUCAACUAUGAUUACUAUACCUACACCGUUGAUUGCUCCACCAUCGAUAGCUUGCCUCCUUUGACUAUGAACAUUGGUGGCACCACUUUCACCAUUGAAGCCAGUGACUACAUUCUCCAAUCCGAGGGAGUUUGCUCUUCUGCUUUCGAAAACAUUGGUCUUGAUUUCUGGAUUUUGGGUGAUAUCUUCAUUGGCAGAUACUACUCCAUCUUCGAUUUGGCCAACAACCGUGUUGGUUUCGCUACUGCUGUUUAAAUUAAACACGCAAUAACUCUGUGUAUUUAGGGUCUAUAUAGAGCUAUAAACAAUUUUUAUGUUUUUGUAUAAAAAUAUGGUUUAAGAAUACAAUAGAUAUAUUAAAU